AGAUUGAAGAUGAUCAUAGAAAAUAAUCGUCGCGUGGAGUCGGGCAUCGUCGCGUUUCACAAGUCUGUAUUGGCCUUAAAUCUAUGCAUCGGCCAAUCGCCAUUAAAAAGAGUAGAGUUUCAAACUUAAACCUUUACAAUAAGAACUGUCAAAGUCAUCCGUUUUAAUUUACAACGAUGUCAUCAUAUUUACAAAAUUUUGGGUAAAAUUUAUACAUAAUGUGGGAAUAAAUACAGUUGUGUGAUGUCUGAAUUAACAAGUGUAGAAGACUAUGCUGUAAUACUCAUUUGGCUAGGAAUAUUUUCUUUCUACACAACACUCCUUACAGUCACCGCACUUGGCGUUGCCUUUAUUCUACGCAAGCGGAGGUCUUCGAUACUGAAAAGUCAGCGUCCACCGCGCACACCGUUCUCAGAGCUGGAAUUCCACGUAGCCACUCCCACAGACACGGCCAAAAGUCGCCGUGUCAGUUUCUCUAGACGUACGGGUGUUGCAGAAUUUGUAACAAACGAAGCGACAACGACAUGGAAAAACUUUUACGAAGAGCACAACAAGUCGCUAGAGUCGUCAGGCAACGAUUCAUUAGCAAACCAUCCGCCAAAACAAACUGUUGGUCACCUCGGAAGGCGGAUAUUUGACCAGCAGUUUCAGGAAAUCGAGGCCGUCGACUUCAUGACCUCCCUUGAUAACCACUCUGGAAGAAUUGUCAAUACCUCAUUGAAUAAAGCAAAUUUCACUCAACAAUUAGCCUCGUUAGAAUGCACUGGAGGUGACAAAACACUCUUGGCACCUCAACAGAAUUUCGAAAUGAGUUUGUUCACUGAUCACCAAGCCAAUGUCUUCAGUGAAGAUCUUGUUAUUCCGACUAUGGGUGAAGCGACUGAUAGAAUUGAUGUAAAUUUCUCCGCCAUUCAGGCAAUAGGUCCCAGUGAAGUCAUAGAUGAUCUAGAUCAAAUUCAAGAAGAUAUGCAGAGAGUCCAGAGUAAUGGGUUCUGUCCUGGUCCCUUCAAUGGUAGAAAUGAUCUUUCAGAAUACAUUGAAGUUGAUUUAAAUUUAACCCAUGGAACAAUAAAAAAUGAUGUAUGUGACAUGUCCAUAACUGAUAUUAUUCCCAGUCCUAAAGUGCAAGAAGUUUCUAAAAGUAAUUCAUUAAGUCUUGAUAAAAACGCACGUGAAAGGGAUUGGGUAGCAGACAAAGAAAAUAUAGCCCUGGUUGAUGGAUGUAGCCCGCCAGUUAGGACUUCGGAAAAAAGAAAAACAAUAGUUUAUGAUAAUGAAACUGGCAAUGUAUCUAUGACACAAUCCCUUCCGGCGAAUAUCAUUUUACCUCAAAGAAAUACAGCGUCGGAAAAAAGAAGGACAAUAGUCUAUGAAAGUGACUCAGCAGAUAUAUCUGUAACACAGGCCGUGCCUGUCAAUAUUGUUAUAGUUAAUCCGAACAAAGAGAAGCGGAAGACUAUAAUUUACGGUAAUGAGACAGGCAACAUAUCAAUUACACAAGCAAUACCUUCAAAUAUAAUUUUUCCUGAUAAAAGUAAUACUUCGACAAAUAUAAACAUGGCUGAUAGAAACAAAUCAUUACCACCUGAGGACGAUAUUGACAACGUAUCCUUUACGCAAGCUGUACCGAUCGCGAAAAUAAUAUCUAGUGAUGUUGGUCCUAAAUCAACAAGUGCUGAAGAUACAAAUUCAUAUGUGCCAUGCAAAGAUAAUGAAUCAUUACACGUAUCUGAGAUUAAUAAUAUGUCCAUAACUAAACCUAUUGGGGCUAUGAUAGAUGUUCACUCACCACCUAAUGUCGAUGCACUGAUGGGUGCAAUAAAAGAAAAGUUUGACGUUAAGAAUAAAACUGAAUCUGUAUUAGAAACAAAUGUCAAGUUUAAUAAUAUCACGGCUAAUGACAACGCUCUGUAUAGUAAUAUUUCUGGCAUGAUGGGAAAAAAAUUUAAACCUAGCCUUUUAAAAGAAGUACCGGAUGAAACUAAAUCAUUGAUGAGCAAAUGUCCCAAUGAAACUCUGUCUAUGAAUGAAAGUUUACCUGAACAAAGUAAAGUUUCAGAGAAAAGAAAAACAAUAGUGUAUGAAAGUAACUCAACAGAUAUAUCUGUAACACAGGCCGUGCCGGUCAACAUUGUUAUAGUUAAUCUAAACAAAGAGAAGCGCAAGACUAUAAUUUACGAAAAUGACACAGGCAACAUAUCAGUUACACAAGCAAUACCUUCAAAUAUAUUUUUUCCUGAUAAAAGUAAUACUUCGACAAAUAUAAACAUGGCUGAUAGAAACAAAUCAUUACCACCUGAGGACGAUAUUGACGUUUCCUUUACGCAAGCUGUACCAAUCGCGAAAAUAAUAUCAAGUGAUGUUGGUCCUAAACCAAUAAGUGCUGAAGAUAGAAAUUCAUAUGUGCCAUGCAAAGAUAAUGAAUCAUUAGACAUAUCUGAGAUUAACAAUAUGUCUAUAACUAAACCUAUUGGGGCUAUGAUAAAUGUUCACUCACCACAUAAAGUCGAUGCACUGAUGGGUGCAAUAAAAGAAAAGUUUGACGUUAACAAUGAGACUGAGUUUGUAUUAGAAACAAAUGUCAAGUUUAAUAAUAUCACGUCUAACAACAAAGUUCUGUAUAGUAAUAUUUCUGGCAUGAUGGGAAAAAAUAUUAAACCUAGCCUUUUAAAAGAAGUACAGGAUGAAACUAAAUCAUCGAUGAGCAAAUGUCCUAAUGAAAUUCAGUCUAUGAAUUUAAGUUUACCUGAACAAAGUAAAGUUUCAGAGAAAAGAAAAACAAUAGUGUAUGAAAGUGACUCAGCAGAUAUAUCUGUAACACAGGCCGUGCCGGUCAACAUUGUUAUAGUUAAUCCAAACAAAGAGAAUGUGCCUGAUAAUAUUUUAGUAAAAAAAGACAAAGAAAAACGCAAUACUAUUAUUUCUAAUAAUGAGUCUGGCAAUAUAUCCAUGACGCUUCCACUAGAGGACGAUAUUUAUAACGUCUCCUUUACACAAACUAUUCCAAUCGCUAAAAUUAUAUCUAAUGAUGUUCCUUUCAAAUCGACAGUUGUUGGGGAAAGAAAUUCAAAUGUGCCAUGUAAAGAUAAUGAUAGACAAAGUACAAUAAUAUUUGGCAACAAAUCCUUAGAACUUUCUCAGGUUAACAAUAUGUCCAUAACGAAACCUAUAGGUGCUGUAAUGGACGUUCACUCACCACCUAAUGUCGAUGAAUUAAUGGGUGAAAUUACGAAAAAGUUUGAUAUUAAAAAUGAGUUAGUGAGGGACACAACAGUAAAGUUUGAAAAUAAAUCGCCUUAUGUCAACGCUCCAUCUGGUGAUGUUUCUGGCAUAAUUGAAAAUAUUAUAAAACCAAGCUAUUUAAAAGAUAAACCGGAUGAAAAUAAAUUACCGAUGAUCAACGGUGUUAAUGAAAUUCUUGCCAUGAAUGUAAUUUUACCAGAACAAAGUAAAAUUUCAGGGAAAAGAAGAACAACAGUAUCUGACAGUGAUUUUGCAAAUAUAUCUGUAACGCAGGCUGUACCUGGUAAUUCAGUACUGGAUAAUGGAGAUAAAGAGAAACAACUAAAUAAAAUUUCAGAAAAAAGAAAAACAAUAGUAUAUGACAGUGAUUCUGCAAAUAUAUCUGUAACGCAGACUGUACCUAGUAAUUUAAUGCUGGAAAAUGAAGAUAAAGAGAAUCAACUAAAUAAAAUUUCAGAAAAAAGAAGAACAAUAGUAUAUGACAGUGAUUCUGCAAAUAUAUCUGUAACGCAGGCUAUACCUAGUAAUUUAAUGCUGGAUAAUGAAGAUAAAGAGAAUCAACUAAAUAAAAUUUCAGAAAAAAGAAGAACAAUAGUAUAUGACAGUGAUUCUGCAAAUAUAUCUGUAACGCAGGCUAUACCUAGUAAUUUAAUGCUGGAUAAUGAAGAUAAAGAGAAUCAACUAAAUAAAAUUUCAGAAAAAAGAAGAACAAUAGUAUAUGACAGUGAUUCUGCAAAUAUAUCUGUAACGCAGACUGUACCUUGUAAUUUAAUGCAGGAACAAGAUAAAGAGAAACGCAAGACAAUUAUUUCUGGAUCAUUUCUUGAGAACAAGUCAAUAAGAGAAAUGCGUGUUACCUCUGAUGUUAAUUCUUCGUCUAGUAACUUACUUCUUGGAGAACACUCACGAAUAAACAGUCAAGUUCAACAGUCAAUUUUGGAUGAUAUGCCUGCUGAAAUAAAAUCUAUGAUGACAGAUUCUAUUAGUGAAACUUAUGCUAAAAAUUUUAGUGAAAUUACAAAUAACAAAACUACGGAUAAAAGACGAACAAUAGUUUUUGAAAACGAUUUAUCAGACAUAUCUCUUAAUGUUGUCUUAGUAAAAGAAAACAAAGAAAAACGCAAAACUAUUAUUUCGAAUGAAGAGUCUGGUAAUAUUUCAAUGACGCAAGCUAUAUGUUCAAAUAUAAUUAUGGCUGAAAGAAAAAAAUCAUUCCUACCAGAGGACGAUAUAGAUAAGGUGAAGGAUAUUGAUAGUGUUGCCUUAACGCAAGAUAACGCGAAAAUAACAUAUAGUGAUGUUGGUUCUAAAGUGGUAAAUGCUGAAGAUACAAAUUCAAAAGUGCCAUGCAAGGAUAAUGAAUCUUUUGGUAUUUCUAAGAUAAACAAUAUCUCCAUAAAUAAAAUUGGUGCUAUGAUAGAUAUUCACUCACCACCUAAUGUCGAUGAACUAAUGGGUGAAAUUGUAAAAAAGAUUGACGUUACGAAUCAGUCUGUAAUGGACACAAAUGUCAAAUUUGAUAAUAUAUCGUUCAAUGACAACGCUAUAUCUGGCAAUGUUUCUGGCAUGAUGGAAAAAGAUAUUGAACCAAACUUUUUAAAAGAAGUACCGGAUGAAACAAACUUGCAGAUGAGGAAAUGUGUUAAUGAAACUCUUUCUAUGAAUGUCAGUUUAUCGGAACAAAGUAAAAUUUCAGAGCAUAGGAAAACAAUAGUGCAUGAAAGUAAUAUUGCAAAUUUAUCUGUUACUCAGGCUGAACCUGUUAAUUUAAUGCUUGAAAACGAUGAUAAAGAGAACCGCAAGACAAUUAUUUCUGAAAUUGAUACUAGCGACAUAUCUGUUUCACAAGCAAAUAACACAAAUAUAAUUUCUGCCAGAAAAUAUAAAACGAUUAUAUUUGAAGAUGAGCCUGAAACUUGUGCUGAUACACAAACAAUACCCACGCAUUGUAAUAGCACGCAUAUUCAGGCUGAUUUGUCACCAUCCAGUCAAAUCGAUAUCAAUAUUGAAGAAUCAAAUUCCUCUUCAGCAAUGCCAAGCUCGUGUAAGAUUUCCCUUGAAGAUAAGUUGGCGAGCGAAACGAGCUUCAAGCCUGAUAUCCAACUUUUGCCUCUUAAAAAAUCUGCGUGCGGAGAAAUUUCUUACAUGAAAAAAAGUAAAGAUUUUGAUGAAUCAAAUUCUACAUUGGCAAUUUCGUGCAAGGUUCCCAUUGAAGAUAACUUAGCCAGGGAAACAAGUACUAAGACAGAAAUCCAACUUUCCCCUCUUGAGAAAACAGCGUUUGGUGAUAUUUCUAACACGAAAGAAAGUAAAGAUAUUGAAGAAUCAAAUCAAUCUCCUUUGAAAACCUCGUACAAGAUUACCUUUCAAGAUAAAUUAGAGAGCGAUAUUCAACCUUCCCCUCUUAAGAAAACUGCGCUUGGUGAAAUCUCUUACGUGAACGAAAGUAAAGUUAAAGUAAUCCCGGGUUAUUUAAAAGACGUGUCUGACGAACUUAAAGCAUUGAUGACCGAUUUGGUCAAGCCUAACGCAGAUUUGAUUCCCUUUUCGACCAUCGACAAGAGUAAAGAUAUACCCAAAAAUCCUUCUACCUGCAGUACUCAAAUUCAAACUAAUUUGAUUACUUCAAGUCAAAUCGAUCUCAAUAUAGAAGAAACAAAUUCCGCCUCAGCUUCGUCUGGCAAUCUAGGGAAUAUGUCAACUCCCUCCUUUUCUAACGGUCCCAAAUCUCGAAAAAGUUCCCUAAAGUCUCCGAAGACCGUUCGUUUACCAGAAGCUUCAAUUUGCCCCAAAUUGGCGUCACCUAGUACCGCCAUUUCAGACAAAGUUAUAGUUUUCGAUCAUAACAAUCCGUUGAAUAACGUUCUUCUGGUGCCGCCCGAUUGUUCCAACGUGCAUCGAUAUCAACCUAAGUUGAACGAAAUCUAUGCCGAAAGGAAUGAUGAAAAAGAUCUGGAAAAGACGCCUCUUAAAGAAUCAGAACUCAGUGGAAAAAAUGUAACUCAAUUUAAUGUAGAAAGCGUAACAUUUUCACAAGUUGGUGACACAGAAAAAAUACAGAUCAACGAGAGUUCCUUUUCUAUUUCGAGUAAAUCCACUUCCGCUCCAGAAUACGAAAGAGUUUAUGAAUUAAAAGACACUAAAGUCAACACUGUUAUAGCAAUGAAAGAAAACAAGGAGCUAUUAGAAACAAGUUCCUCACUAACUUUAGUGGAUGAUGCUAUCACUUCAAAUAACUUAUACGUAGAUCACGGUCUUGCUUCGGAAAAGCUUGGAUCACCUUCAGACAAAAAACGCUUAUCUGCAGUGCAAAUAAUUUAUCAGAAUGACGAAGAAGAAUUUUGCAAAAACAAGUCGUCGAUUUCCACAUCAAACGACGACAUGAGAGAGUCCCAGAAAUAUGGCAGCAAAGCCAAGAAACGAAUCUAUAGUCCCACCAAAAGGAACCAACACGAACAAAGUGACUUGACAAGCUUAGAGAACACCCCUAAACAGGUCUCGAAGAUGCAAAAACUGUCCAUCAGUCCAAAUCCUUAUAAACCGGAAAAAGACUCUGAGAAAUUGGAAGCCGAAAAAGACAAUUCUAGCCACGAUAUGGACGUUGAUACAUCCUUGAACGUAAACGAAAUAUCAGAAUCAAAAACUAAACACAAAGAGAAAUCUCCCCAAAAGACGAAACCUGGAACUAACAUCACUGUACAGCAAUUGAUUACUGAGUAUGAACUGCAAGAAAAUAUAGACCAGGAUGCUUUGAAUAAACAUAUACUGGAGGCUCUGAGUAAAUCUGGCAGUUUAGCAAAUACUGCUUCGGUGACAGACGCCAGUGCUAAAAGCCCGGAAAUGGCGAGUUCCUUUACUAGCAGCAAGAAUCAGAUUGAAAUGCAUGACGCUUGCAGUGUCACAACCACUGAUACGAAGUCUAGUGUCACAAGUGACCGGUCCGAUUGGCGGACAGACCCCAGUACCAGUAAAACUUUAGUCUCCGAGUGUGAUUCUUCGGUGAAUGUCGUCGCUAAAAUCGACAUGCUACCAUUCAUGGGUAGUUACGAGUGUGAAUGGGAGCCGUCAGGCAGUGACACGUGGGCGUUUCGUUUACUGCACGGUCGGUUGAGGCUCACGGUGCGUUUGGCUCACCGGCACGAUAACGCGACCAGAACGCGAGUAAGGGCUGAUACGCCAGUAUUGGCGGUUAAUUUGGACACCGUACACACUGACAAACAGAACUCUGUCGCGGAGUUGUGCGUCCGUUUCGCUAGCGCCGCGAUGCGUCAGCACGUGUCGCGCGGGUGUAGUCGCGCUGGUAGCGUAGUAACGCUAGUGCGGCGAUGCGCUGCCGUCGCGCGAUUGGCCACUCGCUGGGGGCGCGCGGUGCACGACGCAAGGUUACAUCUAGCGUGCACGCUGCAAGGGGAUACGCUAGCGUUGAAGGUGGCUAACAUCCCACUGCGCUCCGUAUGGGAAGUGACAAUGCGUCUCCAAUUAGUGACAGACGAGCCUGUCGCAUUCCCGUGCGCUUGUGACGUCAAAGUGACCCGAGUAGUGUCAGACGUCAAGAUUACUGACGAGGAGGUCAACAAGCUGCUGGCUACCCUGCCGCGAGACUGGGGACAUGUGCCGAGGGCUAUAUGGAAAAUAUUUAGAUACCUCAAAAAUAAGACGCGGGACGAAGAUCUAUUAGGGCUCUCAUAGCUAAAAUUUCUUAAAACUAAAGCUUGACGCACACAAACGCUACAAAAACGGACCGUAAUCGCCUGAAUCUUGAGACUCGGUUUAUUCGGUUAAUAUUCUUGUCGCCAAUUUUUAAGUAUUUUACAAGCUUUUUAGAAGUUUUAGUAAACAUGACAUUUUACUCAAUUAUUAGCACAUUUAUCUAACAGGCAUCCAUCAUUUUGGAUGGACUGGUUCCGAAAUAUAAUCAUCUUACAUUUUAUUAUAUUUUAAAUUUACGUUUUCAACUGCUAGAUUUACAAAUGUAAAGCAAAUUUUACUAGAAAAAAUCCACGCGGGCCAUCAAUCUGAAUCCUGUCUUUGAUUUUUUGUCUAGUUAUCCUUUUAACUUGCAUUGCCUGCAUUUAUAUGUCAUUAAUUGUGCGUUUUAAAGUGAAUCUACUUAUUUAGCCAAGUCUCAAGAUACAUACAAGCGUCCGUUUCCGUUCACUUUAUAAGUAAUUUUUAACGGUAUUCUGUGUGUAUAUUCUUGUCAAAUAAUUCUGUUACUCUCAAAUCAAAUGAGGUGAUAGGCGAGGACGAUUUUCGAGGCGUUAUGUGUGCGUACCUUUAGAGUUAUUAAAUUCUGUUUAUGUGACCGUGUUUAAGAGCAAGUUUUAGAAUACUGCAGACAAUAAAUAGCUUAGUUUACAUGUGAUUAUUAAUAAGUGUUGGAGUGUUCAAGUGUAUGGGUAUGUUAUUCAAAGCCUAUAGCGUAGUUUUUUACGAUUCUCAGUAGGUACCAAGGUUAAACAAUCUAUACGUAGCACAAAAAAUGUACUUUCCAAAGUCCUGAAAUAUUGGGUUCGGUACUGAAGGCCUUAUUUGCGUUUAGCUUUAGCGAGCAGAGCACUUAAAUUGUAUUUGUCCGGGUAACAAAAUUUCUUGGUCCGGAAAACGCCCACAUUACAAUAAGCCAUUGUAGACGGAACGAAUUAAUGCCAUAAUGUUUUAAUAGUUAAAUGGUCAUAAAUUUCCUUAAUACAAUCAAUGCCUUGUCCAACAUUGAUUCAUUCUGCCCACUUGUGCAUUUUAUGACCUGACGUUUUGCAAAGUAAUUCUUCCUGAAACUAAGAUAAUUUAGUAAGCAUGGCAUUAUAUAAACAAGUUGUUUUGCAUACUUUAUCAGUGUACUAGUGAGACGUUUUCAAUGAUAAGCUUAAAUGCUAGUAAGGCCUUCAGUACCGAACCCGAGGCCUUCAGUACCGAACACAAGGCCUUCAGUACGGAACACGAGGCCUUUAGUACCGAACACGAGGCCUUCAGUACGGAACACGAGGCCUUCAGUACUGAACCGUACCAAAUUCUGUAUACAUAGUCCAAUUCACAUUGUUAAUACAAUAUCACAUUCGCAACGCCUUAAUCCCGUAAGUAUAAGGGCGAUAUUUGCACUGCAAUUGCAUCAGAUAUUGUUAACUAGACUAUACAGCUUUUUGGUUAAAAAUCAUGAUUAUUAUUUAAUGAAAUUAUGUUAAAUCACGAAUUAAAUGUGCUGGUCUCAUUCAUUGCUAAUUAACAUAAAUGCUUCAUGGAAAUUCCUAUUGUAGUCGUAAGUGAUUAUUUCAUUAUGGUUCUGUUAUUUUGCUCACCGUUUGUAAAUAAAGCUAAAGAAGAAAUUUUAAUACUUAUGUGUUUUCUUAAAUUACCAAAAUUUUUUGUGAGGUGAUUGGAAUACUUUUAAUUUCAAAACGAAGUGAAAUAUUUGUAGGCAGGGGCGUAUUUUAAAAUCUGGUACUCUGGGCCAUACAUUAGAAUAAUAAUAAUGACUGAAUUUAUUUUGACGAUGCAGACCUGAAAAGGCUACGAAACGUCAAUAAAUAAAUAAAGUUUCGUGCCUUAAACCGUUAAAACUAGUUUUAAUCAUAAAAAUUUGGUCAUACGAGUCACAGAACAGAAAGAGGUUAGAAGCGUGUUCAUAGACCGUUUGUACGGGUAGCGAUGUCGUCGGCUUGCCCCCACUACACUUCCACCAAAUAGAUAAUAGCCAAUCAGACGACGCGACAUCAAACAAUCGACCCAAUCAUCGCUCACACCCUAGAGCAACGACGCAAUCAGACCAAGUUUUGGUCAAGUUACGAAUUCUGUGUUUGAGUGUGUUACGAGCAAAAUAAUAUAAUCAUAGUGGAAUAGCCAAUUCUUUAAUGUAUGCGGUUACUUCAACACUAUACACCCUGAGUGAUGUGGAACAGAAACAUGUACAAUAUGAUAAGUAUUAUGUAAGAAUGAUUCGUUGAUUAUUAAUAUUGAUAUUUUUUAUAAAACGGAUGUUUUUGACUGCAUAUACGUAAAUAUAUUUUUUUCGUAAAAGAU